AUGGUGGAUGAGGCUUUGGUCAACAUGGUCAUCAAAGACUCCCAACCCUUUUCUGUUGUGGAUGACGUGGGGUUUAGGGAGCUUGUGCAUGUGCUGGAUCCAUCCUAUGUUCUCCCAACAAGAAAGGCUUUGAAGUCCAUGGUUGACACCCGGUAUGAGGAGGCUAAGGAGAAGGCCAAAGAAAAAUUGGACAAUGUUGUUGCUGUUAGCCUUACGUCCGACAUGUGGACGUCCAUCAACAUGGAGGCUUACCUGGCUGUGACUUGUCAUUUUAUUGAUGCCAAUGACCAGCUUGGGACAAUCUUGCUUGGGGUGCAACAUUUCCCAAACACCCAUACGGCAGACAACUUGGCUAUUGCCCAUACCAUGGCCAUGGAGGAGUGGGGCAUAAAGGAUAAGGUGAGGUGCCUUGUCACGGAUGCUGCUGCCAAUAUGAUUGCCUGUGUGAGGGCAUUGAAUAUUAGGCAUGCGAUAUGCAUUGCACAUGCAUUGAAUUUAAUUGUCAAGAAGUCUUUCGAUGAUGUGCCAGGCUUAAAUGAGCUUCGCACCAAAUGUAGGAAGCUUGUAACCUACUUCAGGACCAGCACAACAGGAAAAGAAAGACUGGCCCAAGUGCAGGUGCAGAUGGGGAGGCCUGCUCUGAAAAUGAUUAUUGAGGUGGACACUAGAUGGAACAGCACUUACAGCAUGCUGGAAAGGCUCUAUGACCUGAGAGAGCCAGUGGGGGCAGCUCUAGCCUCUUUGAGGACAGAUGUAAGCCCUCCUACUUCAUUGGAGUAUGAAACAAUGAAGGAUGCUCUCGACCUACUGGCCCCAUUCCACCAGGCCACAGUAGAGCUUUCUGCAGAAAAAAGAGUGUCUGCUUCAAAGGUUAUUCCCCUAAUGAAGAUGCUGAACCACACAAUAGUAAGAAAAUCCGAGGGCUUAACAUCAAAUAUGGCAAGGCAGCUGGCUGACAACCUUGUCCGUCGCGUCAGAGAGCAUGCAUUACAAAUGGAAUCCAUUAGUGUGAUGACGAUGCCUACAUUGCUGGACCCUAGGUUCAAAAAACUAGGGUUCCUAAGUCCAGGGAAGCUCCAAGAAGCCAUUACAAGACUAAAGUCAGAAUGUGCCAAUGUUAUCAGAAAUUCUGAAACAACACCCCCAGCUCAAGUACCUGCCUCACAAGCUGGGCCAUCUACAACCUGUGGUGACCUUUGGCAUCUACUGGACAGCACAGUGGAUAACAGCAGACGGAGCUCCAGUGUGACCGCAGAUGCUACUAUUGAGGUGGACCGUUAUUUGUCAGAGACAAAUCUGGCAAGGACUGAGGAUCCGCUGGGUUAUUGGAACAAACAGAAGCUCCAACAUCCCAAUUUAUAUAAGCUGGCACUUACGUUCUUAUGUUGUCCGGCAUCAUCGGUGCCCUGUGAAAGGGUGUUUUCUAAGGCUGGAGAGGUGGUUUCCAAAAAGAGAAACCGCCUCAAUCCAAAUACUGUAAAAAAACUUUUGUUUUUAAAUAAAAAUCAGUAAAAAUGUU